AUGGGCAGGCAAAAUCAACAGUUUUCUUCAUCUGCUGGAUCAGAAACAGUGCAUGGUCCUGAUUUGGUUUCCAACAAAUUAUCUGCUAGUCAUUGUGGAAUAGAAGGAACAGGUGGAUUUUUUUAUGAAGAUUAUGUGAAAACUGCUCCAUUACUGGAUAGCUGCUUGAAGUUGUAUCAGGAAGUGAGAAAGGUGGCUGCAAACUGUGAUAUUGUUGUAAAACCAACUGUACACAACGAGUCGAAUCUGUGCAAACGAAAGAACCCUCCUAUGGGUUGGGUUAGGGUGAAUGUUGACGGUGCAGUUAGGGAAAGAGAUGGAGUUACUGUUUGUGGUGGGAUUAUUCGAAAUGAUCAGGGUGAAUGGAUCUUUGGGUUCUCAAGAAGUUUGGGAGUGUGUUCUCCAUUUGGGCUGAACUUUGGACACCACAUGAUGGAUUGA